GGACCUCUCAUUCUUGUUGCCUCUUUCCUAUGGCGUCCUCUCACCCUCGUUUCCGUGCGCAACCGCCGCGCCCCUCUCUCGGAACCCUUCGCCGCCUUCCAUCUCCUCAUCGGUCUGUCGUGAUCUCCCCUCCCCGGAGCUCGAUUCCUUCUCUAUAUAACUCUGUCCUGCAGACGAGACCCUGUUCCCGCGUCCGAUCGUCCCCCGCGAACGGACCCGAGAAAGACCCGAACGGGAAGGCGCUGCAAGAUGAGGAGGUCAAAGAUUUGGGCGUCAGAGUGGCAUUAUCCAUGCUCAAGUUCUACAAGAGAGAAAUAUCACCGCUGAUGCUGUCGAGCUGUCGGUUUGUGCCAACUUGCAGCGAGUAUUCGAUGGUGGCAUACAAAAAGUAUGGUGUGGUUAAGGGUACAAUCUUGACAGCUUGGCGUCUCUGCCGUUGCAAUCCUCUUGGUGGCACCGGAUUUGAUCCCCCCAGGUGGUUUGGUGAAGAAGAGUCAUUUGAAGACCACUAAGGUGGCUUCUUAUCACUCGGCAAUGCAUCAAAUUUAACCAUGAUGUGUAUCUCAUUAUUAUAGGAUGUAGACAUUGUCUUCAGGUGACGUUAUUUUAGGAUGUAUAUCUAUUGAGUGUAAUUUCACACUACUCUUCUUGUUGUGAUUUCUCGUGGAAUAUGUGCAGACUGCA